AUGCAAGAAUGCGUGCUGGGCUUGCCUAAUUGCCCCCUCUUGCUCUUAUUUAUUGCUGCACACCGGAAACAGUCAUACUGCCUCGCAGCGAAGAGAAAAAAAAAAUCGUCGAGUCUUGAUGCUGCCCCCGGCCGCACAUACGUGGUCGGCUCCAAUUGCUCGACCGUCUCCACAUGGUCGCCUUUUACCGCCCGCACCCACCACGCCGCUGCCCAAACCGUUUGCCAGAGCCCCAUCAUUCUGCCUGCGACAGAGCCUCGAAACCACCCGCAUGCAGCCCAACGUGCUGUGAUGUGGCCGCUAUACGUAGGGCCAUCCGCCCGUGGAGCCCCCACAGGACCCUUGGCUCCCAAACAGCUCCACCGCAACCGCAACUCGACUGUGCUGGCCUGCUUCUCUUCACCGGUCUCCACGAGAACACAUCAUGGUAGAAAUAAAUUAAUAGCAAUAGCAAGACGUGUACCCAUAACUAUCCAGCCCUACCCGCCACAGCUUCCCUUUGCGCCUUCGCCAUAUGAAACCCAAGCAUUCGUCUCAACUGACGUUGCUGCUGUAGCCCAGCACCUCGACCAUGACAUUCGCCAAUGUGCUGGCACUCCAGAGCGCCACCAAACUCCAUCCAAUCAGCCGGUCCAUCUUCCACCGCCGGUAGGGCACUGCCAGCAGCAGCCCGACCAAUGUCACGAGCAACGUCGCCCCGGAUAUCACCAGCGUCGUGCUGACCUGGAUGUGGUACGGCUUGAAGUGAAUCGGACUAUCUGGGUGUUUCUUGUGGUGGUGCUGCCCUUUCUUGAUCGUCAUGUAGCAACCACUGAGCCCGAUCCCAAGGAGAAUGUUAAGCAUCGGUCCGCCAAAGCACGCCGAGAGCGCCAUGACGGGAAACCCGAGUCGCGCCACGGUAAUGUCAGCCACGAAAUCCCCAAGCGAGUUUCCCACUGCGAAGAUGUACCCCUACCACUUCGUUGGCAAUCGAGCUGAUCCAAGUGAUGCUGACGGCGAAGCCCAAAAAACACAGCACUGUCCGCCAGCGUGGUGCUCGAUGAGGCGUCGUCGUCGUAAGCAGCAUGGCGAGCAUGCACAUUGAGCAGAGCAGCGAAUACAGACUCGGUCUGAGCAAUGCACGUGGUCGAUCCAGCUCCGUGUUUGCCCACACAAUGAGUACCACAAAGAAUGGAGCAGUAAACGAUUGAAUGAUGACGAGCCACCGAUUCCAUGACUUGGGACCUGGCGAUAGAGGAGGAGCAGGGAAUUGCUCUGGCGAUUGCAACAAAUGGCUCCCUUCUCCAAUCAUCAAGCGAGGCGGGUGUCCCGCCGGGUUCGUUCUAUGAUCGGCGGGCACUGCAUGUGCUCCGGCCUGAUGAUUUGAUACAGUAACACGAGGUUUUGAUGCGGUGGGGGGAUCCAGCAGGUUCUCGGCCUCGGAGAUGAUCAAGCUAGGUUGGUGCUGGUUUGUAUUUACGCUGCCAGGCGUCAAGGCACCAGGUAGUGUAAGAUUGGGAGACAUGGGACCAUCGGCAUCGCUCUCCUUACUUGUCGUCUCGACAACAGGUAACGUGAUGGUGAGAAAAAACACGCUUGGAGCAGCAACUACACCCAACAUCUUCUCCAAAAUAUUCUUUUCUUUCCAGUUGGCCAUGGUUGGAAAUAACGUGGACACUAGAACAUCCGGCGCCGGCAUAACGCUACUUGGCCACCAGCGUGGGACUUUUGUACGUUCUACAUCAGGAAAAAAGUGAUGUUCACGAAAGUAGGAUUCCGGCGAAGCACUAGGGGAAGGGAGUACAAGACUUGGCGCUUGUGAGCUGCGUGCUGAUGUCGGGUAAUCUGUAUAAGCAGGGAAGGGUAUCGGAGGUGAUGAUGGGCCGGGGACAACCAAUUUUGGGUAGGGUCGAGCCACAGGGCGAACCUCAGGGCUGAGAUCCGGAGAUGCACGUGGACUUGGGCUUGACGUGCUCUGGAGUACGGGUACGCCACGAUUGUCGAGUCCAGGAGGUGCCAGCAUAUUAGGCGAGGGUUGCCUUGGAGCUGGCGCUGGACUUGUAGGUCUUGAACUAUGCUCGGAUGGGGGAGGGGAGAGCGAGAUGGUUGGUGAUAGCGGCGGUUGCUCGAGGACAUGGCCACUCUGCUCAAAGGAAGCAGGUGCAAAGUCGAUUGUAGGGAUUGGUCCGUGACGCAGCACAUCAGGGUCCAAUUGCAUGUUCUCAAUGUCGUUUGUAGAUACGGCGCGUGUCCGGUGACCUAUUUGUCUCUGCACAUCGGUUAUUGGUCUGGUAACAAUUGGCGAACGUGUACUGGCACCGGCACUUGUGUCGACCUCAUAAGGUGGUCGAGGUGCAGGUCCGGAGGCUCCUGAAAUAGAGUACUGUUGCUGGGCCGUCGUGUAAGUGGGAUCAUCGGAAUACCUGCGUAAAUUCAUUGGCAUCGCCUGUAUGUUUCGAGAUUUUUGCAGCGAAGACAGAACGGCCCUGAACUCCAGAGCUCCCACAAGACUAGGCCGGAUAGGAGUGUGGGUGUUUCGGCGACUACCGAGUGCUGGCCUACUGAGGGCCCUCAGACGCAUGUUGUUGUUCAGCUCUCCGAGCCAACGCUCGCGCAUUACUUCAUUCUCAUCGGCUUCGAUUAGGUCAUUGGAACCAUUAUUCUCCAAGGCGGCAAUAUUGUCUGCAGAAGCGUCGUUUAAAGGAGUGCGGUGACCUUCGCUCACAGGACCGUCAUCUUCAUCAUGAUACUCCUGGGGAAUUUCCUCCUCUUCUCCACCAGGUACCACGUAGUGACUUCGCAUCACCGCAACGCGCUGACGACGAGCCUUCCGCCGACCUAGCCACCAAUGCCAGACCAUGACGAAGCAGACGUAGAAGAUGUAGAAGCCAACCAUAGUGGCCGACUCCCACAGAGAAAGCUUCCCGUCCCAGAUGAAGCCCAUGCUGAAGGUGGCUGCUACUAUGAAAAAGCUAACAUCUCGCACAAAGCUACGGCGUGCCACCUUGAAAGGUCGCACUAGAGCCAUUGAGCCGGCCACCACAGCCGUGAUAAAGCCCGCAGCACCAAUCAGCUCGCCCAAAGCAAGACUGGCUGAGUUUGUGUUGAAGGCAGCAAAUGUUGAGAACACAUCGGGGCUCCCAUUUCCAAAUGCCAGAAAAGUGACACCGGCCAUGCUUUCACUCAUCCCAAGUAGAUUCGAUAUGGUGCUGAGAUUAACGCAGAAGAAGUCGCUUGCUGCGAUGCCAAUGGUACUGAACAAGAGGGCGAGCCAUAGUACCAGAAUAACAAAGGCGACGAGUUGUGCAUGUGCAAGGUGACAGUAGUAUAGCGAUAGGUAGGAGAAUAUGCCGGCUUCUUCGUCGGGGCAGUUGGUUCGGACGAAGGCGCAUUUGUCGUGGGCUUGGUGAACCAAUCUACACUGUACAGUACUAGUCAGCGAUGGGACGGUCUCGAGCGUUGAAGAAGAAGUCAUACUUCCAGAUCCUGCUGCAAGAAAUCUCUUUUGGCAAUAUUGAUCGUUGUAGGCAGUCUGUCGUUAUGCCCGUACCCGCGCUUUGCCC